UGCCAAGGUUGAUUACGCGACACUAUGUGUCUCUGUUUGUUUUGCUCGGGGAAACACCUUAUUAUAUGCUUACUUUAGCGAUGGGUUUCAUCCGCAAAUAUUUGCACAACAUUUUAAGAUUUGCUUUGAUCUUGUGUUUAAUUUAUUUCGUGUAUUCUUGCUGGGGAUUGUCUUUUAAAUCAACAGAAAAACAAAAGUCAGCUCCAACUUUUCCAUUCAUCCGAAAUACUUUUACGAACCGUACAAAUUGCAAACCGAAGAAAAAUAUAUUUUUUAUGAAAACUCACAAAACUGCUGGUACAGUUGUACAAAACAUUUUGCUGCGUCAUGCUGACCUGCACGAUAUAUUUGUCGGAUUAUCGAGAACCAGGGAUCCCAAGUUCGGGUACCGGGAUGGGCGUUAUUUCAACCGAGAUUUUAUCCGAAAAAGUGACUCACCAAUAAAUAUGCUGUGUCAUCAUAUGAGAUUCGACAGAAGUGAAGUAUCCGCAAUCCUUCCGAAUGACACAGUUUACAUCACAAUACUAAGAGAACCGGGUUCAUUAUUUGAAUCUCUAUUCAACUACUUGCAUUACGAUUGCAAAACAUUUUCGAGACUCCCCCUUUCCCCAUCGGGGAUGGAGGAAUGGAUAAACCAUCCUAGAAGAUACUUCCGAGGUGCAAAGGAUGGCCCACUGUGGUGGUUCGGCAAGAACAGUAUGUUCUAUGAUAUGGGCUUCAAUAAUUUAAACAACGAUGAAGAAUAUAUUCAACAAUCAAUAUUGGAGGUGGAGGAGGUGUUCGAUCUUGUGUUAUUGACGGAAUACUUUGAUAUUUCUAUGGUUUUGUUGAUGGACUUAUUAUGUUGGGAUCUUGAAGAUGCCGCAUAUCUCGCUCUCAAUGCAAGAGCUGUAUCUGGAGAAUUUGUACCUGAGGUAAGGAGAAGAAAAGUUGAGGAAUGGAAUCACGCGGAUACUUUGAUGUACAGACACUUUAACAAAACGUUCUGGCGCUGUGUUAAAGAAUACGGGGUCGAAAAAAUGGAUAAAAACGUUAAAAAGUUGAAUGAAUUGAAUCAGCAACUUCAGGAUGCGUGUGUAGAUGGGGGGGCUGUGGGUGUUUCACGCGUAAGAGACCCACGCAACCGAGUCUAUAACCCCAGGGGUGUGGAAAUGAAAGGGUAUAACCUUAAACAUGGGGCAAAGGAGUUAAAGAUUUGUAAAGAUGCGAUUAGAACUGAAAAUAAAUGGUUUGAAUAUUUUUUGCACAAGCAGUAUGGUGUCUGAUUUAUAACUGUAUACACAAACACAAAAGUGUUUUAUUUGUGAAAUUUAUAAGGUUUAUUGCUGAUUUUUUUGUUUAUGUGAAUUAAUCAUAAUACUCGUACUACCUUAAACAAAUACCCUCAACUUUAAAACACAAUAACCAAAAGUGAGUUUUAUUUGUCACAUUUUAUAAGAUCUAUUGCUGUAUUUUUGUUUUAUGUAAAUUAAUCAUAUUCCGUGCACUUUACAUGACACAGAAUAACCGCAUAGUGACUACACAAAACUCAAGUGUUUUAUAUCUGCCAAGUUUUAGUUUACUUUAAAAGCAAUAUUUGUAUUAAUCAUAGACAUCAUAUUUACCGUUAUUUGCAAUAUUGUGCAUGAUGUCAUAAUAUAUGUAAUGUCACAAUAUGUUUGAUGUCAUAAUAUAUGUGAUGUCAUAGUAUCCGUGAUGUCAUAAUAUGCAUGAUGUCAUAAUGUGUGAUGUCAUAUUAUGUGUGAUGUCAUAUUAUGUGUGGUGUCAUAUUAUGCGUGAUGUCAUAUUAUGUGUGAUGUCAUAUUAUGUGUGAUGUCAUAUUAUGUGUGAUGUCAUAUUAUGUGUGAUGUCAUAUUAUGCGUGAUGUCAUAUUAUGUAAUACUAUUACAUUAAAGUGUAUUUGGUUGCAAUAGGUUUAUCAUUUCUUUAAUAUUUACUCAACUUUUAAAAAACUUUUUUACAAAUUGUGCAAUCAUGUUGUAAUUGUUGCUUACAAUGGUUGGUUGUGACAUCAUAAACAUUGCUAUUGUUAUGUAUUGAAUACUCAUUGAUGUCACAGUAAAAGUUUAUUUCGCAACAAAAUAUUAAAAACAUUGUCAUGCAUAUUUGCAUAUAAACUGUGAUCAUUUUUUCCAAAAAACAACUUCAUUUUAAAACGUUUCGAUUACUGUUUAUAUAUUUGGAUAAAGUUUAAUGUAAUUUUAUCAUUAGCAGCAGCAUUUCUAUUUUUAUAUAAAAAUUGCUUGCUGGUAUAUUAGUAACCCUCCCACUCUUUGCAAA